GGCUUCCACCCUCAUCCGCCUGCUAGGGCACACGUCUACCUAGCAAAGUUCUUAGGAGCGACCAUGUGGUUCUUCGUCUUCUAUCGGGCGAGGAGGGCUGACGGGUUACAGGGCUGGAAACAUCCUUGGGAGGGACAUGGAGAUCAUGCACACGGGCACGGGCAUGGAGAGGGAGAACAUGGAGGGCAUUAA